GCGCUGGGCUCGGAGGGGGGCGGCUGCGGGUGGAGGUGCGCUUCUGACAAGCCCGAAAGUCAUUUCCAAUCUCAAGUGGACUUUGUUCCAACUAUUGGGGGCGUCGCUCCCCCUCUUCAUGGUCGCGGGCAAACUUCCUCCUCGGCGCCCGUUCUAAUGGAGCCCCACCUGCUCAGGCUGCUCCUGGGCCUCCUUCUCGGUGGCACCAGGGUCCUCGCCGGCUACCCGAUUUGGUGGUCCCUGGCCCUUGGCCAGCAGUACACGUCCCUGGGCUCACAGCCCCUCCUCUGCGGCUCCAUCCCAGGCCUGGUUCCCAAGCAACUGCGCUUCUGCCGAAAUUACAUCGAGAUCAUGCCCAGCGUGGCAGAGGGUGUGAAGCUGGGCAUCCAGGAGUGUCAGCACCAGUUCCGGGGCCGCCGGUGGAACUGCACCACUAUCGAUGACAGCCUGGCUAUCUUUGGGCCUGUCCUCGACAAAGCCACCCGCGAGUCGGCCUUCGUGCACGCCAUUGCCUCGGCCGGCGUGGCCUUUGCGGUCACGCGCUCCUGCGCCGAGGGCACCUCCACCAUCUGCGGCUGUGACUCGCAUCAUAAGGGCCCGCCCGGCGAGGGCUGGAAGUGGGGUGGCUGCAGCGAGGACGCCGACUUCGGGGUGCUGGUGUCUCGGGAGUUCGCAGAUGCACGCGAGAACAGGCCGGAUGCACGCUCUGCCAUGAACAAGCACAACAACGAGGCUGGUCGCACGACCAUCCUGGACCACAUGCACCUAAAGUGCAAGUGCCAUGGGCUUUCGGGCAGCUGCGAGGUGAAGACCUGCUGGUGGGCCCAGCCUGACUUUCGGGCCAUUGGCGACUUCCUCAAGGACAAAUAUGACAGCGCCUCGGAGAUGGUGGUGGAGAAGCACCGCGAGUCCCGCGGCUGGGUGGAGACCCUGCGUGCCAAGUACGCGCUCUUCAAGCCACCCACCGAGAGGGACCUGGUGUACUACGAGAACUCCCCCAACUUUUGCGAGCCCAACCCCGAGACGGGCUCCUUUGGCACCAGGGACCGAACUUGCAAUGUCACCUCCCACGGCAUUGAUGGCUGUGACCUGCUCUGCUGUGGCCGUGGCCACAACACGAGGACGGAGAAGCGCAAGGAGAAAUGCCACUGCAUCUUCCACUGGUGCUGUUACGUCAGCUGUCAGGAGUGCAUCCGCAUCUAUGACGUGCACACCUGCAAGUAGCAGGCCAGGGUGCUGGGAACGGGUGACGUGUGUGACUGAGCGGAUUCACCGAAGUCCCGUGGGAAGCAGGACCUAGAGCAGGGGCUCGGCCCCUGGCAUCGGACAGCACCGAUAAGGACUGUUGCCAGAUGCACUUGGUAAA